AUGGAAUACGGUAACAAAAAGAUCCGCAAUUUUCCAGUCGUCAGUGUGCGCACACAUCUCUCUCACCGAGACGGUGGGCUUCGUCAAAUUAGAACCUCCCAACUGCAGGCGAAUCGAGAUUACUGUGUGAAACCUGUCUGGGCCACCAUUCAUCCCAUACACACACACGCACGCACAGAUAUACACAGACCUAUCACAUCUUGGGUUGCAUGCCGCACUGCAUACCGAGGAAAACACGUGCUCCGUCCUUCCGUUCUGGUCAGCAGUCACAUAUCUCGUUCCCAUCUUAGUCGAGCCACAUUUACUCUUGGUCCAAACGUAUACGCGCACUAG